AUGCUAAGAGUAACAUAUUCUGGUCGUUGGCAUACUGAAGGUUGUACUGAAAAUAUACAGGCAGUUGGUGUUUACUACUUGUACAUUGAUAAUGAGUUAGAAGGUGGUGCAUUAAAGUUUCGUCCAUCAGUAUCACCAGACAAAAAUUAUGCCGAAAUGUAUAACAUUGAAAUCAAUCAUUAUAUAAUGCCAGAAACAGAUGCAGCCAUUGUAUUUGAUAAUUGUUUGCCACAUCGUUUCUGUUCAAUACGUAAUUCAACAUCAAUUGCUCGUCGUCGUACAUUUCUCAACUUUUUUGUUGUAUGUCCCUACUAUCCGAUCGCUACAUUAUCAAUUUCAGAUUUACCAUUAGUUAGCUAUGAACGAUGUCAGACUAUGUUGAAAAACAUUGAAGAUAAGAAUGGUCAACAGAAACUACCAGAUUUAGUCGUAGACAAGAUCCUCUCAUUUCUGGAGAAGAUGUGGCAAACUGACAUGGAUGCAAAAGAAUUUCAUUCACGUGUAAGACAUGAAAUGGUGCACGAGAAGAGUGGUUGGGCUGGUAUUCAUUAUGGUAAUAGUGGUGAUACUGUAUUUAUUAAGUCGGCUAAUGACUGA